AUGCUUUCAUUCAAAACACUGUCUGCCUCACUGGUAGGCCUUCUGAGCCUCAGUGGAGCUAGCGCCGCUGCUAGCCAGUCGGGCCUUGUUGCUUCGACCUACUUUGCUGGCUUCCACGCCAAUCGAGGAUUUCCUGUUUCGUCUAUGCCAUGGGAUAAAUUCACCGACGUCAAAUAUGCUUUCGCUGAAACCACUGCCGAAGGAGGCCUGGAUGUUUCUCGCGCACAGCCUGAGGAACUUACUUGCUUCGUUGACGCUGCCAAGAAGAAUGGAGUUAAAGCUUUGAUCUCAAUUGGUGGCUGGACUGGAAGCAAGUACUUUUCCACCAACUUCGGUUCCGAGAAGAACCGCACCGCCUUUGUCAAGACCUGCGUCGAUUUCGUCAAGGAGCACGAUUUGGAUGGUAUCGAUUUUGACUGGGAGUACCCCAACCGCCAGGGUCUCGGCUGCAAUGCGAUCAAUGAUAAUGAUACAUCCAACUUCCUCAAGUUCCUCCAAGAGCUCCGCCAGGACUCUGUGGGCAAGAAGCUCUUCCUCACUGCCGCUGGGUCUCUCUUCCCCUGGAACGACAAGACUGGCGCUGCGUCCAAGGAUCUCUCUGGCUUUUCUGAUGUUUUGGACUAUAUCAUGAUCAUGAACUACGAUCUCUACGGCGCCUGGUCCCCUACUGCCGGACCUAACGCCCCGCUGUCUCGAUCCUGCGAUCCUCGCAACAACCAAGGCGCUGGCGAUGAGGGCGUAGCCAAGUGGAUCUCCUCUGGUAUGCCCGCCUCGCAGCUCGUCCUCGGCGUCCCAGCCUACGGCCACGGCUUCUCCGUCAACAACACCUCUGCCUAUGGAUCCAACCACAAGCUCAACCUCUACCCCACACAGAACUCUACCGAUCGUUUCCAGGGCAGCAGCUGGGACACCGACCCUGCCAUCGAUGACUGUGGCAACCCUUCGCCUCCUGGUGGAACCUACCCCUUCUGGAGCUUGAUCACCGAGGCCAAGUUCCUUGAUGUCUACGGAAACCCUGCUUCCGGAAUUUCUUACACCUGGGAUAACUGCAGCCAGACGCCUGCUCUUUACGACCCUAAGAAGGACAUUUAUGUUAGCUAUGACAAUGCUCGUUCGUUCCACGCAAAGGGUAAAUUCGUUACUAGCAAGGGUCUUGGUGGAUUUGGCACUUACGAGGCCGGUGGUGAUUUCAACAACAUCCUCAUCAACGCUAUUCGCUCAGCUGUUGGUCUGCAGUGA